AUGGAGAGAAUCAUCAAUGGUGAGAGGCUUGAAAUAAUCCCAUUGGGAUCAGGAAAUGAAGUGGGCCGCUCCUGCAUUGUUCUCAAAUUCAGAGGCAAAACAGUGAUGUUUGAUUGUGGAAUUCACCCAGGUCUUUCAGGAUUGAAUGCAUUGCCAGGAUUUGAUGAUAUUGAUUUAGAGACUGUAGACAUUCUCUUAGUUACUCAUUUUCACCUUGACCAUUCAGGUGCUCUUCCUUAUUUUUUGACCAAAACAAUCUUCAAAGGGACCACAUAUAUGACACAUCCUACCAAAGCAAUCCUAAAAUUAUUAUUUUUACUUCAAUUUCGUCAUUAUAAUGCUUAAAAGUUACAUUGUUUUUAAUGAAAUAAUAAUAGACAGAUCUUAAUAUAUACAGUCAAACUAAUUAAAGCAACAUACUAUUUUCUGACUAUGUAAAAGUCAGUAAUAUAGGGACUGAUGCAGAAAAACUGUACACACCUCAAGAUCUCAAUGCAGCUCUUGAAAAAGUCAAACUUAUCGAUUAUCAUCAAGAACUUGAUAUAGGUGGAAUCAACUUUUGGUGCUAUAAUGCUGGGCAUGUCCUUGGGGCUGCUAUGUUUAUGGUUGAAAUAGCUGGUGUCAGAGUUCUUUAUACAGGAGAUUAUAGCUGUGAAGAAGAUCGGCACUUACAGCCAGCAAAAGUCCCUGAUAUGUCAGUCGAUAUUUUAAUCGUAGAAAGCACAUAUGGUGUACAAGUUCAUGAGCCACGGCCGGAUAGAGAAAGACUUUUCACAACUACUGUUCAUAAUAUUGUUGCUGGUGGCGGCAGAUGUCUUUUACCAGUUUUCGCAUUAGGCAGAGCUCAAGAACUAUUGUUAAUUUUAGACGAAUAUUGGUCUAACCAUGAAGAUAUCACUUUUCGUUAUAAUUAUAUAAGCUUCUUUAAUAGAUAUAUUUCCAAUAUUUCCUAUAAAAUAAAUCUCUAUUUUUCAGCCAUUUUCUUAUAAUCUCCAUAUCAAAAUAUAUCCAAAAUAUUCCAAUUUACUACGCAAGCUCCUUACUCCUCUUCGUGAGUAAGCAAAACCAUUAGAAAAAUCCCUAUUUUUUGCCCAAAAACCCACCCUCCGUGAGCGAACAAAAAAUUUUUAGGAAAAAUUAUUUUGAUAUAUAAGUGAUAAUUAUUAUAAUGAAAUCUCUAGCUAAUUCUGCUUAUUUUUAAACAGCUUGCAUUUUAAAACAUAAAUUUUGCAAAUUAAAUAAAAAUAUUUGACUUCAAUUUAACGAAUUGGGAUUUUUUAAAUUUCUAAAAAAACAAUUAGAGGAGCUAGCAAAAAAAUGCAUGUCAGUUUUUCAAACUUAUAUUAACAUGAUGGGAGAAAGCGUCAGAAGAGAAUUCGAGCAAGGCCACAACCCUUUUAUUUUCAAGCACAUUUCAAACCUUAAAAGCAUGGACUAUUUCGAUGAUGAUACCCCUAGCGUCGUUAUGGCUUCUCCUGGUAUGCUCCAAAACGGUCAGAGUCGAGACCUUUUUGAAAGAUGGUGCACAUAUCCUCAAAAUGGGCUUGUUUUAACUGGAUACUGUGUCGAAAACACUCUGGCAAAAGAAUUAUUGAGCAACCCAAGAGAUAUCAUAUCUACAGAUGGCUCAAUAAAGCAGCUCAAUAUGAGCGUAAACUAUAUAAGUUUUUCAGCACAUGCGGAUUUUGCACAAACUUCCAAUUUCAUUGAAAACUUGAAGCCUUCUUAUGUAGUGCUGGUUCAUGGUGACUCAAAUGAAAUGUCAAGGCUAAAAAACGCAUUAGAAAGAAGAUUCACUAUGAAAAUUGUGGCCCCAGUAAACCACCAAACUGUUGAAUUUACUUUCCCAGUAAAAAUCAAUGCAAAAAUCCUUAAGCAAGACGAUUUUCCAGAAGAAGGAAUUAUAGUUAGAAAAGAGCCAGAACAUAUGAUUAUGCCUGUGGAUUCUUUAACAAAUUAUACUUCAAUCACAAUGAAUAAAUUUUACCAAAAAAUGCACGUGCCUUAUAAGCAGUCUUUAAGGAUUCUCCAAUACCUUAUAAAGUGCUUAUUCCCUCAAGUAGUUUCGAUAAAGGAAGAAAAUAUUUGCAAAUUGAGUGUAGGAGAAGUUAAGGUAACUCCUGAAACAACGGGCCAGAUUUUACUUGAAUGGAUUGCUGGGCCAAUAAAUGAUAUGAUUGCUGACACAAUUGCUUUAAUGAUUUUGCAGGUAACUUCAAACCCAAAUACAGCACUUUUACAAGCUAUAAAUGCUUAUAAUGAAUAGUGCAGCAAUCUUUGGUUAGAAAAUCCAAAUUUGGCUUGUCAAAUAAUUAGCAGCUGACGUCUGAACAAAUCCUGGAGCUAUUUAUCGUAAUCUAGCAUAUGAAUGAAAUGGAGCUUGAUGAUAAAAAAUUCAAAUUUUUAAUAGGGCUAUUACAGAAAAGGUUUAGCCAUGUAUCUGUAGAUGCAGAACAAAGGAUUGUGGAAGUCAAAAAAGGAGAAAAUAAAGUAUGGGUCCAUUUCGAUAAUCAGACUGUUGAUGGAGAUAGCGAGAUCCUGAAAGGUUGCGUAGAAGAGAUUAUGAGGAAUGUAAUCAAUAUAUAA